GACGUCUGAUUUAGUUAUCGUUUGGCUUCCGCAUCGAGUGCAUCUAAAACAGCAGAAGUGCGACUGGCGUUGAUUAGUUUUACUCUUGUGGCACCCAUUUCGAAUGACUAAAUAAAAUGAUUUGGAUGAGGCAAAUAUUUACGUUACGCUACAAUCGCGGCAUUGUCAGACGUUUAAGCUAUGUUCACAACGUCGGAAAGCAUCCUUUGGUGUACAGAAAUGUUGGCCAGCAUCUCAAAUUGGCAGCAGAACGGUUCCCGAACAAUGAAGCCCUGGUCUCCGUUCACGAAGCAAAACGGAUGACAUUUUCCGACGUCUUAGAUAGGGUAGACCGACUGGCAGCUGCUUUCUACCAACUGGGAUUGCAGAAAGGUGAUCGCAUCGGAAUAUGGGCUCCAAGUGGAACUCAGUUCUAUAUUUCCACGUUAGCAGCAGCUCGGGCGGGAAUGAUCUCCGUUGGGAUCAAUCCAGCGUACCAGAUUCCGGAAGUGGAGUAUGCAUUGAACAAAGUUGGAGUGAAAGCACUGAUAGCUGCAGAAAGCUAUCGCAGUCAGAAUUAUUACGAAAUGACCAAACAGAUUGUACCUGAGUUGGAAGCUUCUUCUGCUGGAAGUAUUGCGAGUGCAAAGGUUCCGUCCUUGUCAGCAGUUAUCAUGAAGAGUAAUACCAAAGGAAAUAAGCUAAAAGGUACCAUUUCGUAUGACGAACUGUUCCAGGCAGCUUCAGAGAAAGACAUUACAUUCGUGGAAUCCAUUCAUAAUACGAUUACCCCGGACAGUGGCGUGAAUCUCCAGUUCACUUCGGGAACCACUGGACAACCGAAAGCAGCACUUCUUUCCCACUUCAACUUCAUCAAUAAUGCGAUUUUCCUUGGGCUUGCAUAUGGUUUCAAUCUUUCUGAACGUCAUCGAGUGUGCAUUCAAGUGCCAUUCUUCCAUGUUUUCGGAGUCGUAGUUGGAAUUUUGGGCUCAGUUAGUCACGGUUGCACCCUCGUUGUACCAGGACCCGGUUAUAAUCCAAGCGCAUCGGUACAGGCUAUCGUCAAUGAAAAGUGUAACGUGAUCUACGGGACGCCCACAAUGUACGUGGAUUUGGUGAAUGAGGUCAACAAGACGGGAACCAAACUCCCAUCGAUCAAUUUGGCAGUCACGGGAGGUGCUCCCUGUGCACCGCAACUUUACGCAGACAUCCAGGGUGUGCUAGGAGUCGAACAAGUCAAAACGAUCUACGGGCUCACGGAAACGACGUGCGUAUGCUUUCACUCAGUUUGCAAGGAGUCUCAGGAGAAUGUUCUGAACACGGUUGGUCGCUUGGGCGAUCACUGGGAGGCAAAGGUGGUUGAUCGAGACGGCUCCAUGGUACCAUAUGGAAUGCCUGGAGAACUAUGCGUUAGGGGCUAUGGGACAAUGUUGGGCUAUUGGGAAGACGAGCAGAAGACCAAAGAGACGAUCGGAAUGGAUAAAUGGCUCAAAACUGGAGAUCAGUUUGUGCUGAGGAAAGAUGGCUAUGGGAAAAUUGUCGGACGUAUCAAGGAGGUGGUGAUCAGGGGAGGAGAAAACAUCUACCCGCGGGAAAUUGAAGACGUUCUUAUUACGCAUCCGGAUGUGUUGGAGGUGCAUUGCGUUGGAGUUCCAGAUGAUCGGAUGGGAGAAGAAUUGUGCGCUUUUGUGCGGAUGAGUAACGAUAUGGCUAAAUUGGAUCAGGCACAAGUGAAGGAGUUCUGCAAAGGCAAAAUUGCGCAUUUCAAGGUGCCCAAGUAUGUUGAAAUGAUCGAUCACUUUCCCAAGACAACAUCAGGUAAAAUACAAAAGUUCAAGCUUUUGGAGCGCUUCAUGCAAAAUAAAAAUACGGCAUAGUAUACUUCACAUAAUGCUUCCUUAUGAAUCAA